AUGGACUUCAUUACUGGUGGUUUGGCUGCUGGUGGUGCUUCGAUAUUCAGCAACCCCUUCGACGUUGUGAAGACUCGCAUGCAGUUACAAGGUGAACUAGUUGCAAGAGGUACACACCAAGUGCAUUACAGAAAUGUGGCGCAUGCCGGAUGGGUAAUAUUCAAGAACGAGGGUUUUAGGGGCCUGCAAAAAGGCCUCUCAACAGCUAUACUGAUGCAUAUGAUCAGAAACAGCACACGAUUAGGUAUCUACCAGACGUUGUACAAAAAUGGUCACCUGACAAACGAGAAAGGAAAAACGAUAUUCCAUAGAAGCGCAUGUGCCAGUGCAUUCUCUGGGGCUGCUGGCGCAUUUCUGGGGAGCCCCUUUUUUCUAGUCAAAACUCAGUUGCAGUCUCAGUCUGCAGAAACAAUAUCCGUGGGAACUCAACAUGGACACAAGGGAGCACUUGCUGCAUUCAACAAAAUUUAUUCCAAUGAAGGGUUUUUCGGUCUAUGGAGAGGCGUCAAUGCAGUGAUGCUGAGAGCAGUAGUCGGAUCAUCUGCGCAGCUAACUUCUUUCGCGAUGUGCAAAGACCUUCUCGCAGAAAACGACUUCCUGAACAGCAUCCCCCUGCUGAAUUCUUUCGUGUCCAGCAUCAUCAGCGGGGUGUUUCAGUGCCUGCUGAUGAAUCCGUUCGAUUUGGUAUCCGUGAGGCUCUACAACCAGGCUGUCGACAAGCACGGAAAGGGGCUUUUGUACGACGGAUUGCUACACGCUUUCGUGAAAAUAUACAGAUCCGAGGGGGUUAUGGCGUUUUACAAGGGCGUGGGGGCGAACUAUAUGAGGCUGGCGCCCCAUGGGGCUCUGUGUUUAGUGUUCUGGGACGUUCUCAAAGACAUGCAGGCCAAGUAUUGGGAUAACAAGUUGUAG